AUAGAGUAGCGUACCAGAAGAAAGUGUCAGACUAUUUCUCUGCGGCUUGCGUUCAGAUGGUGAUACAACUGGCGAAGGAUGUGGGGAUUCUUGACAUCUUGUUCUCUGCAGAACAACCACUGACCUCCGUGGAAAUAGCAGAUCAAGGGAAGCUUAAAGAAAGAUAUGUGAGAGAGAUUCUUGCAGCCUUAGCCGCGUCAGAGGUAAUACAGGUGGAUGACAGUUCGACAAAGUUCCACAUUCCUGAAGACCACAAGAGCGUUCUUCGAGUAAUGUCUGCUUACAGCAAACUAGAGCAACUGAUGGUUGAAAGGAUGAAACGAAUGAAGGAUGUCCUCACCAAAGAUGGUCCAGACGGAAUACGAAUUGAUGCUGCUGCCUUUGAAGCGAUGGAAGAGAGAAGGACGGCAUCACAAGAUACUAUCAUUGACAAUGACAUCCUACCCUGUGUACCGGACGUUAAGAAUUUGCUAGAAAAGGGAAUACAUGUUGCCGAGUUCGGGUGUGCUCAGGGCAUCAUACUUCUGAACCUUGCAGCACGAUAUCCCAAGUCGACGUUCCUUGGCAGCGACAUCUCAGAGUCCUGUCUCGAGAGAGGUCGAACAUUAGCCGCAGACAGAGGACUCACAAACAUCACGUUCCAGGUCUACAAUGUACUCGACCUACCCGACACCGUUAGCGACAAGUUCGACUGGAUUUUCCUACGAGACGCCCUACAUGACUUGCCGAGCCCAAGCAAGGCACUGCGAUCUGUUAAGAAAGCUUUGAAGAAAGAUGGAACCGCGAGUUUCGUUGAUUUCGGAAUGCAAGGCAUGCUAGCAGACCAUGUACGGGAUAUCUUUUGGGGUCGGAUGUAUUCGCUCAGCACAUUCUUCUGUAUCCCCGAGAGUUUCCAAGGUGAACAUUCCGAUGCCUAUGGUCCCUGUUGGAGUGUGGAAAAGGUUCGACAACUGAUGGAUGAAGCUGGAUUGACUUUAGUUAACAUGGUGUUCAGCGAGAGGCACACCGGUGCCGUGCACUAUGUGUGUAAACAGUAACGUCAUGCGUCAGUGAAGUUUUAAUUUACUCACAUAGAGGGUGUUCACGUACAAAAUGGUUGGAUCCAAUCAAAAUAUAGUUUACAAAAAUAUGCAUAUUUAUAAGUUUGUUCGAUUCGGGAAUAGUCGGAUGAAAGUAAUUUUUGUCGGAAGUGACCGAUUUAAUGUAAUGGCAGCAAAUCAUGUCUUGGGUCUUUUGGAGGUGAUCAUACUUAAUUUCAAAUGGAGACAUAGAAGGCCCUAUUUGUUUUGUGUGAAAAUUUUAGAAGUUGUAUAAAUAUAUUUGGUUAUGAUUUUAUAUUUCUAAAAGUUUUGAUUAAUCAACUUUAACAAUAACCAAAUCCUCACUAAAAUUGUUUUCUUAGUAAGCCUACUAGUACUACGUAC